GGCAGUUGGGCAACAGCCCGGGAGGUUCCAGUGUCGGUCUUUCCAGAGUUUUUCAAGUUUUUUGGGUUUUUUCAACCCGUUUCGGGUUCAAAACUACCCCGGUUCGCUUUUUGAUGUCGCAGGCCGGAUGUGAAAUGAACCCCAGCAUCGACAUUGCAGGCUGCUUCCGAUUCCUAAGCCAAGCAGUUCUGAAAUGUUGGAAAGUUUUGGUUUAUUGCGUAGUCUUCUUUCUGUUUGUUUAUUUCGUCCUCGGCGUCUUCACGGCGACCGUCAUCAUAGUCGCGGCCUUUGGGAUCUCUUUCAGUGAUCUUCUACAAGACGCAGGACCACCUCCUGUACCACCCAGACGACAACAAUGCCAACUCACGCGAUUUCGUCAUGGACCCGUCCGCCUUCAGCCUGCCAUUUCAGAAUAUCUUCAUCCAGAGUGAGGACGGGACGAGGAUCAACUUGUACUUCAUACGCCACCCUGAUCCCAAGGGUCUCAUCGUACCUACACUGGUUUUUUUCCACGGCAAUGCAGGGAAUAUGGGGCACAGAUUACAAAAUGCUGCAGGGUUGUACACUAACCUUCAGUGUAAUGUGCUCAUGGUUGAGUACCGUGGUUAUGGCCGUUCACAGGGCCAUCCUACGGAGAAAGGGCUUUAUAUGGAUGCGAGGGCUGCUAUGGACUUUCUGGCCACGAGGCCUGAUGUGAAUCAAAACAAAAUUAUUGUGUUUGGAAGGUCCUUAGGAGGUGCUGUUGCAAUCGACUUAGCUGCAAGGCCAGAGUACGGUUGCAGAAUUUGGUGCCUAAUCGUUGAAAACACAUUCACAAGCAUUCCAGAAAUAAUGCUUUCCCUGUUUAAGCAUAAAUGGCUUAGAUUUGUCCCACUUUUUGCCUAUAAAAAUAAAUAUCUGUCAACGAAGAAGAUUGUCAAUGUGAACAUCCCGACACUGUUUAUUUCAGGGCUGAAGGAUCGCCUUGUCCCACCAAAGAUGAUGACAACCCUUUUUGCCCUGUGUCCGUCACCGAACAGUAAACUCUUACAGAUCACGAGUGGCAGGCACAACGAUACCUGGACAUGCAAUGAUUACUACAGGCAGAUAUCUGAAUUCCUCCAAACUGUCCAUUCCUACAAGCCCAACCCACCGAGCUCGACUGUCAUAAACAUAUAAGAUUUCAACAAUUAAAAUAUUCAUUCAAAAAACAAAACA